AUGAUGUCCUCAUAAAAAUAGGCUGAUAUUAAAAUUGCUUAUUUGAUAAGAAACGCUACUAAAAUUGACUUAAACAGAGAGCUAAGUCAAAUAUUAGGAUAAGAACAAGAUUUGGGAUUUACAUCUGCAAAUCGAGAAUGGUUAAUCAAUGUUCUUUAUAGUAUUUCUCCCAAUCAUCGAUAUUUUUAAGAGCCUUCUUAAAAUCUCCUCACAGGAAUGUCUCAAUAAGACAUUUAGUAUUAAAAUUAUAUAACUUAUAGAAAAUUAAAAGAGUUAACACCUUAUUUAGAACUAAAAGAUUAAGAUUUUUUAAAACCACUCUUAAUUAAAGAUUAGAUAAAAGAUAAUAAAAAUUGA